AUGUCACAGCAACUGUCGACCGUUUCCUGGUCCUCACACCGGAUCGACACAUUCGGCAUUGGCACCGACAACGCCUGCUACCACAAAUGGUGGGACGGAUCCAGCUGGGGUGGAUGGGAAUCGCUCGGCGGAACCUUUAGCAGCCCUGUCACGGCCGUAAGCUGGGAACCAAAGCGGAUUGACCUCUUCGGGCUAGGCACGGACAACGUCUGCUACCACAAAUGGUGGGACGGGUCCCGCUGGGGCGGCUGGGAGUCCCUCGGCGGAACACUGGCCAGCUCGGUUAAGGCCGUGAGCUGGAGUGCCGAUCGGCUGGACCUCUUCGCCCGCGGGACCGACAACGCAUGCUACCAUAAAUGGUGGGACGGCGACCGCUGGGGCGGAUGGGAGUCCUUGGGUGGGGUGCUGAACAGCGGCGUCGAGGCCGUAAGCUGGGGAUCAAAUCGCCUGGAUCUCUUCGUACUAGGGACCGACAAUGCCUGCUACCACAAGUGGUGGGACGGGUCCGGCUGGGGCGGAUGGGAGUCCCUUGGAGGCGUCUUGACCAGCCCGAUCUCGGCAGUUAGCUGGGAUCGGGGCCGCCUGGACCUCUUCGCCAGGGGCACCGACAACGUCUGUUACCACAAAUGGUGGGAUGGUAGCCGUUGGCAAGGGUGGGAGUCUUUGGGCGGGAUUCUCGUCAGUUCAUUGAGCUCGGUGGCCUGGAGUUCGAACCGACUCGAUGUCUUUGCGCUGGGAACAGAUAAUGCCUGCUACCACAAGUGGUGGGACGGGUUCCGCUGGGGCGGUUGGGAGAAGCUGGGGAACAAUACGUUCUUCAGUGCGAUUGCCGCAGACUCCUGGAGUGCCAAUCGGCUGGAUCUUUUCGGAGUUGCGACGGACAGUAAUGCCUGCCUGCAUAAAUGGUGGGACGGCCGUAGCUGGGGAGGAUGGGAGUCUCUCGGAGGAAUCCUGAUCAGUGAGCUGAGGAACCAUUAA